CAUAAAAAAAAUAGUAGUACUUCCAUGUAUUCGACAAUGGCUCGCCCUUCCUCAGUCUCAUCCUCAUCAAAAACAUCCCAGAAUUCGAUGAGGAAUGAGCAUUGGAUGUUCGACGAUGCGAUGAACGAGCGAAUUCUGUCGACUCAUGUCCCCGCUAGUCGUGUUGUUGAUGUUACACCAGUUCUUCAAGUCACUCGCAAUGUUUUGCGUCAUAUCAUUCCCAACAUUAAUCUUUCUAUGAAUGGACACAUCGAUGCAUCCGACGAUCACACCAACUUGUCAGCCGUUGAUGGCGAGCUUGAUGCAUUACACAAAAUCUGCUGCGAGGUUAUUCGGCUGUUUUAUCUUGCUUUCGGAAUGAUCAUUUUUGAAACCGGCAAAUAACGAUCGUAACCUAAGUUGAUGUUUUGUAGCUAUCAUGCAAGUGUUCCAGAG